UGCAUGACCCCGGUCUGCUGCCGCUCCAAAGCUCCGUCGGGCCCUCGAUCCGCAUCUCUCCUCCCUAGCCACUCACUCGAUUUCAAUGUCAAGCAAUAUCCCCUCCUCCUCCUCCUCAGCAUCAUCCGCACCGACGAUCCAUCUGCCCCUCGUAGCCGGUCAGUCCGCCGGCCCCUUUGUGCUUGGAUCCUCCCUCCCCCGGACACUUGCCUACUUGCGAUCCGGCUCAUCUCCACCUGGCAGCGUGCCACCCAACCUCCUCUUUCCCAGCGUCAACAUCUGCUACGAUGAGGGAAGUGAGUCAGGGCAAUCCCCGCCAAGCAGUAGCCAGAGUCUAGCCGGCAAUAAGCAGGGAAGCAGCAGCAAGCCAUGGAGCAUACAUCCAGCCUCCUCCUCGACGAGCGGAGGGCUGGCGCCAAUACGCAUCCAGCCCUGCCCUGGUGUAGAUCUGAUCUUCGCCACAUCGCAGGCCGGAGAUAUGGUAGCUGGAGCGCCAAGGCUGCAGUGUAUAGUCGUGUCCCUUGACGAUGAUGAGGAGGCGGCGGGCGCGGACCCCACCGAUCAGCAACAAUACCAUCGGCCCAUCUCUCUGACCUAUCGCGGCCAAAAGCUGGAGGAUCUGCGUCCUGGUAGAGGUGCCAAGACCACUGAAAAGCUGACGCGAGGAGCGAUACAGCAAAUCUUUGGACCUACGUAUCCGGCAACGCGAUACGUCCAGGGGGACGGACUGCACGCCUUAGAGGACGUAAUGUCAAAGAGUGGCGCCUCAGGUACCAGUAGCAAGAAGAUGGCAAGCAAUGGCACAACAGUACCGAUGACGGGUAGCAGUGUUCCUCCUCGAAGCAAGUGGAUGAUCGCCUAUGCGGGUCUGACCUUCGUCUUCGAUGGAGACUCAUCCGCGCCCAAUACGAGUCGAGGCGGACAACGCAGUACCAGCUCAACUACCAACACCUCGGGCGGCGGCGAUGUCUCCAAAAGUACCCACCCAACGCAUCUCAUCAUCCAUCAUGGCGAUGAUGUGCUUCACCCGACAGAGCUGGCUUGGCCCGUCGCGGCGCCGCAGCACGGAGAGGACCCGGCGGGAGGCCAGGUGAGCCUACCCCGGCACACUACCGCAUACUCCGCUAGGAGCACCGAACCUAUCGCGGCAGGCCAGCUGCUCCUCCACUCCGCACGGCUACUACCAGGAAGUGGAAUGGAUCUCUUCCUCUUAGCUGCGCCUUUUCCUCCGCCAUCGACGGCGGCCCCGAACUUGGCGAAGGUGGAGCUCAGACUGGGCGAGACGAGGACUGCCAGCAGCAGUGGUACCCAGAGUGCUGGGCGUCGCGAGCGUCAAGGUGGGGUCGAUGUAGCUGAUGGCAUCAAUGGCCACAUCUCCCCGAGGCGACAGAGCAACGGAGAACAUGGCCGAGCAGAGUUCUGGUCCUACCCUUCACUUGGUCUCGACCUUCUCUUCUACCACCAAAGGCCUCAGAGCCCAUCUUGCGGCCGCCGCGCCGCUGCUCAACAGGACGAUGACGACGCGUCCGACUUUGACGACUUCGUCGGCGACAGUGAGGAUGGACGAGACGGUGUAGACGGCGGCGCGGUACUGGCCAAGAUCGUUGUCCACUCUGACGUGCCCGGCUCAGCGCUCUGGGGACGGUACGAGUGUGUGCCCUGGUACAUGGAGGAGCAGGACCAAGAGGCCGGGAACAAGGCAAGGAGCAAGAGGAUCGACCGCACCACACCUCCCUCCCAAUUGCGUUCCCUCACUUCAUACUUCCCUCGCACCAAGACGUCCUCUCCUUCCACGUCCACGCACGAAACAAUGCACCUCGACCGAUCAGCCGACGUGGGCGAGUUUUGCCCCACACGCGGGACCUUGAAGCUGGACGUGAGGACGAGCCUCGAGGGAUUCCCGGGCGCAGUGGCGGAGGUAGGGCACGAAGAUGGAAAGGCAACGGAUCACGGUCAGGGUCAAGGUCAAGGUGAGGGAGGGGUCGUUGUGGCUUGGACGAUCGUGAGGGCAUGACAAGGAGCCGGAGGGGCGAGCACGUGGUGCAACAUCCUGCGCUAUUGAAUUUGGAAGUGAACACAAGCCAUAUCGAGCGUCUAGCAUGAGAGGAAGCAAGAGGAGACUGAAGGGGGGAAAAAUAUUGCUCAUGAAGAGAGGAGGAAGGACGUCCGGGUAACGGAACGCCACGGAACGCGGGACGGGAAGGUCGUAGGUGUAGGAGGGAUGGAAUAGCGAC